AUAUACAUACCGGUACAUAUUUCCGUUUGUGGAGUGGAACUGAAGCAUAGUUCGAGUUGAGGGAGGACAGAUUUGAAGAACGCACUUGUCAGCUUUUAGUGUGGAGCUCCUGUUUUAGUGUAGGUUAGUCAUUUCCCCGUGUUGAAUAAAAGUGAUAUAACCAAAUGUUUAGGUAAAUGUUUGCGGCACAUCAGCUUCACGGUGCGAGGAGGAUAUUUUGUGGUGAAACUGAAAAACUAACGUCGAUAUCUUUGUGGUGGUUCUUCUCAUGUCACACGGGUUCCGAGGUUGUUUUACAACCGUACGAGCAAAAAGGAGCCCCCAACAACCAGGCAUCCAAAAAUCACAAAAAAGAAAGAGCUUCAUGUCAGCCAGUACUGGACCACUUUGACCAGCAGUACAGCCAGGAACUUGGAGAGUUGUGGGAAUCUGCGAGAUCUGUGCUCCUGGACCCUCACUCCUGGCAAUAUGGGGUCAUGCUUAAUCGCUUCACUGCUGUGACAGAGAUCACACAGAUCCUACAGUCACAGGGCUUUUCCAGGUUCCUGCUGCGAACUGAUGUGUCCACAUUGCUUUCUGAUGGCCCCUCACCAGUGUCUAAUUCUAAAUACCAGGCAAGAAAAGAUUCUCUGUUGUCACCUCCCAGCAUCUCCACGUGCUCUCCUGAUGACUCCCAUCCCCGUCCAUCACUGCAGUGUUACAUCCACCCAUAUGCGCUGCGAUUUCCCUCUCAGGCUCACAGGCCUGGCCAUCUUAAGCAGUACUACCUCCUGAAUGCUGCCUCCCUGCUUCCAGUGCUGGCUUUGCAAGUCAGAGAUGGGGAGAAGGUCUUGGAUCUUUGCUCUGCCCCUGGGGGCAAAGCCUUAGCCAUAAUGCAGUGUGCCACCCCAGCACUUCUCUGCUGUAAUGAACCAGAUCCUCACCGACGGGACUGGCUGGCCAAAACUCUGGAGUCUUAUCUGCCUCACUCACUAAACAGCAGAGUGAUUGUGUCUGCACAGGAUGGACGACAUUUUGGACACAGUGAAGCACUGACAUAUGAUAAGGUUUUAGUCGACGCUCCAUGUUCUAAUGACAGGAGCUGGCUGUAUUCUUGCAGCAGCCAGCAGGGGGAACAGAGACUGAGGGGAAGAGCUAAGCUGCCUGUGCUCCAGGCUCAGCUGCUUAGGUCUGCGCUGUCGGCCGUGCGUCCAGGGGGCGUUGUUGUCUAUUCCACUUGCACACUGUCCAGCUCCGAGAACUAUGCUGUGGUCGAGACUGUGCUGAAUGACUGUCCUGAGACCGAACCUGAAGACCUGUGGGAGGAGAUUGCCAUUCCUUUAUCAAAAUACUUUGUUUUUAGUGCUGCUCACCUUGGUCAUGGACAGACACCUUACAAGCCGUCCCUGCAGCCACAGAAUAGUACUGUUUCCUCUUAUCACCAUAGACUUGGCAUUUUGGUGGUUCCCCAGCCUGGCAUGACCUGGGGACCCAUGUUUUUGUCUCGGAUUAGAAGAAAGAAAUAAAGUGUCUCCUCCUGUAGAGAAAAGAUAUGUGUAAAUAAAUGGCUAAACUCUUCUUACCUGUGGGUAUUUAAAAUGCA